UCAGCGGGUGGCAACCUAGCCGUGUUCCUACCUUUGCUCACCUCACAUACGGCGGGACCAUGCCGCAAGUUCAGAGAGGAUCUGCCAUUGCAGUACCGCCAAGUCGCGCAGGUUCUUAUUAAAUCUAGUACGGCUUGCAACGAAGCGUAUCGAAAUUGGUACUAG